UGUGAAACCUAGUCCAGUACGCUUGAAGUGUGAAGAUCUUCGCCCUGCGCACCUUGACACAACUUUGUAUGCAGAAAAUGAGCAAGAUGAGCAUUUUGGUGGUGUUGAUUGUGUUUGGGGCUGCUUGUCAGAGCUACGCGAUCGACUGCAUGGACCAGGACCUGUGGGACCAGGACAGUAUCAACGAGAUGCUCGAGGAUCGCCGACGUUACCAGCGGUCUUUGCCGGGCCACCACCACCACCACGACGAUGAAGCGGAUCUUCUCGACUGUUGUGAAGAAGCGGAGGACGAUGAUGGCGACAGUGACGAGGAAUAUGGCCAUGAGGACACAUCACAAGAGGAACCGCAUCACGACGGCGAAUAUCGCCAUAAACGGGAGGUGCAGAAAGUUGAAGCCUUGGAUGGGGAAGAUCCCGAGGCUGGUGAAUCCGAUUUGGAAGUCGCCGAAACGCAUCUCUUUCGGCCAGUGUUCCGCUACAAGUCUCAGUACACCGAACGUCGCCGGGUACGAACGGCCGCAGAUGGAAAUACCAAUUUCGCGCCGCCUCGACCAUAGUCCCUUGCCAAUGCCGUGUCCAUCUCUA